AUGGACUGGAUUUGGAGCCCAAUAAUACUUUUCUUGGCCUAUCUCCUCCUCCGCAAGAUCCUCGGCGUCGGCCCGAAGAACUUUCCUCCAGGCCCGAUACCACUCCCCAUCUUAGGCCACUUCCACUUGCUCGGGAAAAAUCCUCACCAAGAUCUAUGCCAUCUUGCCCGCAAGUACGGCCCGAUCAUGGGCCUGCGCUUUGGGUUCUCCCCAACGAUCGUCGUCUCGUCCCCAGCCUGGGCCGAGUGGGUCCUCAAGACCCACGACCUCGUUUUCGCCAGCCGGCCCGCCAACAACGCUGCCAAGCACAUAGGCUACGGUCAGAGGAACUUGGUUUUCGCGCCCUACGGCCCUUACUGGCGCGACAUUCGAAAGCUCUGCACCCUAGAGCUGCUGAGCAACCUCAGGAUCAGCCGGUCCCAGGGCACGAGGCGAACCGAGCUCGGGCUUCUCGUGGCAUCCCUCAAACGGGCCGCCGAGGGCCGGGAAAUUGUGAAUCUGAGCGCCAGGGUGUCGGGCCUGAGCGGGGAUAUGAACUGUCUCUUGAUUUUAGGGAGAAAGUAUGAAGACAGGGAGCUGGACGAGAAGGGGUUCAAAGCUUUGUUUAUGGAGACAAUGGAGCUUGCGGCCAGAUUUAAUCUUGCCGAUUAUUUUCCCUACGUUGAUGCCCUCGAUCUUCAGGGGAUGGGCCGAAGAAUGAAGGAAUUGAGUAAGAUUUAUGAUCAGUUUUUGGAGGAAAUCAUUGAGCAGCAUUUAGAGAAGAAGAAGAAAAUGGAAGGGGAGAAUAAGAGAGAGGAUUUUGUGGAUACAAUGCUGAGUAUAAUGGAGUCCGGUGAAGCUGGGUUUGAAUUCGAUCAGCGACAUAUGAAGGCCGUGCUUCUGGAUUUACUUAUAGCAGGAAUGGACACUUCAUCAUCAGCGAUAGAAUGGACACUCUCAGAACUCAUUAGACACCCACAAGUCACGAAAAAGCUCCAGAAAGAGUUAGAAUCCGUGGUGGGCUCGGCUCAUAUGGUCGACGAACACCAUCUCGAUAGCCUCCAUUACUUAGACGCUGUAAUCAAGGAAGCCCAAAGGCUCCACCCAGUCGCACCACUGUUGAUUCCCCACGAGUCCACACAAGAUUGCACGAUCGAAGGUUUUCACAUACCAAAACGAUCGAGAUUGUUAGUCAACGUGUGGGCAAUCGGCAGAGAUCCCGAUGUUUGGCCCGACCCAGAAAAAUUUUCCCCCGAGAGAUUUAUUGGUAGUAAGAUAGACCUGAGGGGCCAUGAUUUUCAGCUCUUGCCAUUUGGGUCGGGCCGGAGGAGCUGUCCCGGGCUGCAACUCGGGCUCACUGUGGUGAAGUUGAUAGUGGCACAGUUGAUGCAUUGCUUUGAUUGGGAACUUCCAAAUGGUAUGCUGGCUUGUGAUUUGGACAUGUCCGAGCACUUUGGUUUGGUGACUGCGCGAGAAAAGCAUCUAAUGGCUAUCCCAACUUCUCGCCUACGUGAGUAA